AUGGCUAACGACAGGGUCGUGCUCAUUUCUGCUGCACCGACGGAAGACGUUACUGUCCCCUCGGAUGCACCCCACGAAAACAGUUGGUACAAUGGGAGAGAUUUUGACGGCUACCGAGUUACCGAGCAGUUGCUUUUUCAGAGACGCAAGAUUCGUGUCAUCUGUGUUGGGGCCGGAGCGACGGGCCUUCAGUUUGCGUACAAAGCAGAACGUGCCUUGAAAGACGUGGAACUUCAGAUCUAUGAAAAGAACAGCGACAUCGGUGGAACCUGGCUGGAAAACCGAUAUCCUGGGUGUACGUGCGACAUUCCCUCCCAUUCUUAUCAGUUUACGUGGGCAAAGAACCCCAAUUGGUCAAGAUUCUACUCUGGAUCGGAGGAAAUAUGGCAAUAUCUCAAGGAUGUUGCAACGAAGUAUGACCUAGAGAAAUACGUCCAAUUCAAGACGACUGUCGAGUCUGCUACUUGGGACGAAGAGUCUGGGUUGUGGAGAUUGCGUAUUCUUGCUCCAGACGGCUCAUAUUUCGAGGAUACUUGCAACAUCCUCGUCAAUGGUUCAGGGGUCCUCAAUGAGUGGAAAUGGCCCAAAAUUCCAGGCCUUGAUUUAUUCAAAGGAAAGCUCAUGCACUCGGCAAAAUGGGACGGCGACUAUGAUCUGAAAGGGAAGACUGUCGCUGUAAUUGGCGGCGGAUCGUCUGCAGUACAAAUCAUUCCCUCAAUACAACCAACUGUCGGGAAGAUGUAUGCUUUCUUGAGAUCACCUGUCUGGAUAACGACUGGCUUCGGUGCCAAGUACGCUGGUCCCGACUCUGAAGAACAAAAGGAAGAAUGGAGGAAACACCCAGACAAACAUGCACAGUACUGCCGCGAUGUUGAAGGCGAACUCAACAAGAGAUUUACGCUGAUGCAUCUCAAAGCCAAAGAUCAGAAAGUGUCCCGAGAUCUGGUGGCAGACAUCAUGAAGGAACAGCUUGGCCAUGAUGAGUCUCUCACCAAACACAUGAUACCACCGUUUGCUCUUGGCUGCAGGAGAAUGACUCCUGGAUCUGGCUAUCUACAGUCUUUGAGAGCAGAUAAUGUAGAAGUGAUCCCGACGUCAGCUACAAGAUUGACAGAAACCGGUAUUGUGGGCGAAGAUGGGGUUGAGCACCAGGUCGACGUGGUGAUCUGUGCAACAGGCUUCGACACCUCCUUUACGCCGCACUUCAAGGUCCAUGGUCGGAACAAUGCAGAGAUCCAUGAGCAGUUUGGUGACUUUCCCAUCGGAUACAUGGGCAUUGCGGCUGAAAACUUUCCCAACCUGUUCCUUCUAAUAGGCCCCAACGGACCGGCAUCGCACUCUAGCAUCCUUCCAAUCCUGGAAUGGUACACCCGAUACAUCUUUCAGGUCAUUGAAAAGAUCCAAACGGAGCGCAUCAAGGCUGUGGAACCCAAGAAGGAAGCCAUCAAGGAUCUAUACAACCAUACCCACGAGUUGAUGAAGCGACUGGUCUGGUCGUCUGCCUGUCGAUCGUGGUUCAAAAACGGCAAAACACACGGUCCAGUGACAGCCAUUUACCCAGGUAGCCGACUACAUUUUUUCGAGAUUAUGAAGAAUGUUAGAUGGGAGGAUUACAACAUCACAUACAUGUCGGAGAACAGAUAUGCAUUCAUGGGCAACGGCUAUACACAGACUGAGGUGGACCCUGAGGGAGAUCCUGUCUGGUAUUUCGACGACCCGUUCACCAAGAUCUAG